CAGAGACGGAAACUGCGACCAAAGGAUCCAGCAAAAAAAGAGAGAGAGGGAGAUUGGGAAGAGAGAGAGAGAGAGAGAGACAGGGGGCAAAACAGGGAGGAACCCAGCGUAACUUUGAGUGCGAGGAUUGCGAAAGGUGUUCCUUAUGCUUUUGACUGAAUGCUCUUCGCAAGAUGUGGAAAGCAGCUGCAGGUCGGACUAUUUCUGUAACAGCAUUGGAUGAUGGCGAUGACUGGGACACUGACCCUGACUUUGUGAAUGACCUGUCUGAGAAAGAGCAGCGAUGGGGUGCCAAGUCGGUGCAGGGAUCUGGACACCAGGCCCACAUUAACUUGCAUGAACUGAGGGAAAAUGUCUCACAAGAGCAUAAAUCGCUCAAACAGAAAGAACUAGCAGACGGGCCUAACGCUUCUCAUGGAUACGGAGGGAAAUUUGGGGUCCAAGAUGAUCGUAUGGAUAAGUCAGCUGUUGGACACGAGUACGUUGCUAAACUCUCCAAACACUGCUCUCAGACAGACUCCGUUAAAGGAUUCGGUGGAAAGUUUGGUGUACAGAAGGACAGGGUAGAUAAGUCUGCUGUGGGCUUUGAGUAUGAAGGCAAGACUGCCAAACACGCAUCACAGAAAGACUACAGUACUGGUUUUGGGGGGAAGUAUGGAGUUCAAGCUGAUCGAGUGGACAAGAGUGCCCUAGGCUUCGAUUACCAGAGCAAAACUGAGAUUCACGAAUCACAGCGAGAUUAUUCUAAAGGAUUUGGUGGCAAGUAUGGAGUGGAAAAGGAUAAAGUGGACAAGAGCGCUGUUGGCUUUGAAUACCAAGGGAAAACUGAGAAGCACGAAUCGCAAAAAGAUUACGUCAAAGGCUUCGGAGGAAAGUUUGGUGUCCAGACGGAUCGACAGGACAAGAACGCCUUGGGUUGGGACCACCAAGAGACCACGCAAUUGCACGAAUCUCAGAAAGACUAUAAGAGAGGUUUCGGCGGGAAAUAUGGUGUUGAGACAGAGAAGCAGGACAAAUCUGCGGUGGGGUUCGAUUACAAGGAAAAGCUGUCCAAGCACGAGUCUCAACAAGAUUACUCGAGGGGAUUUGGUGGCAAGUAUGGGGUUCAGAAAGACCGGAUGGACAAGAGUGCCGCGUCCUUUGAUGAUAUUGAACGGCUGUCACCAGCUUAUCAGAAAACUAAGCCAGUGGAAGCUGCCAACACCAGUGCGAGCAGCAUCCGGUCCAAGUUCGAGAACAUAGCCAAAGCUAAGGAGGAGGAGGAUAGGAAGAAGGCUGGAGAGGAGCGAGCCCGGCGCCUCGCCUGUGAGAGGAAGGAACAGGAAGAAGCCAAGAGGAAAUUGGAGGAACAAGAAUCGGCAAGGAAGCAAUCUCCAGUGUCCACUCCUGCACCUCCUCCUCCAGCCGCAUCUCGGGCACCUGAAGCCACUCCAGCUCCUGCUCCUGCACCUGUUGAGGAACAAAGGGUGCCCAGCCCUGUUUAUGGGGAGUCAUUAAAGCCAGAAGAGGAGAAUAAUGAGGAGAGGCAAUAUUGUGGAAUCCACAAUGCAGAGCCCCAGCCUGACACAGAUGAACCUCAGUACCAGGAAGCAAUAUACGAACAGGAUGCAGUGUACCAGAUGCCUGAUGAAAGUCAGAUGGACCAACAAGAUGAGCCCACCUAUGCAGAGUAUGGGAAUGAGUAUGGAAUAACAGCAGUGGCUCUGUAUGACUACCAAGCCGCUGGCGACGACGAAAUUUCUUUUGACCCAGAUGACAUGAUUACCAACAUUGAAAUGAUUGAUGAAGGAUGGUGGCGAGGUGAAUGCAGAGGCAGAUAUGGUCUCUUCCCUGCAAACUACGUUGAAUUGAAACAGUGAAGUACUCGACCUGCUGGUUCUCGUAGAGUGUGCAAUUCCAAUUCGAUGCAGCAUGAAUUGUGUUCGGUAUUGGGAAUAAAGUUUUUUUUCUUUUUCUCUCUCGAGAGUUGCAAUUAUGCAUUGCAUAAUAACCAGUCUUUAAAAGCGCCAGGGAAAGGAGCUUCGGGUUAAUGUUUGACAUGCCUUUGAAAAUGGGAGCAUUACUGAGCUAUUGCUUACACAGAAGUUAAACGCACUUUCUAAUCAAGGGCAGCACCUACCAGUAGUACCAUUCAUAUUGGAAGAGCUGAUGAAAUCAAACGGUGCUUACUACAGAUUAAGGCCAAAUGCUUCUUGUUGACCAAGUUAAAUUUUUAACUGAAAUGGAUAUGGUUGUUUAUCAUUGCCCAGUUUAAUCCUUAGUUUUAGCCUUGUGUUUAACUUGAAGUACAGUUAUUUUUCCACUUGCUAAUAGUGAAAGCAUUGAAUUCAUAUUUUCUUUUAGUUUUUACUUCCUUGCCGCUGGAGCCUUGUUUUCUGCUUAGAACCAUGUUCUCUGAAUCGGAAGUGGGUUUGGGUUUUGUAAUAAAAGUUGCCUUUUUCAAUACUGUUCAUCAAGAAUUAAACUGGUUUUAUUGCACUA